ACGAGGUGCCCCCUCGAGCCGGAGGGCGGCGGCCGAGCGGUGGCCUCGUGCCCGAGCGGCGACCUAAAACCCCGGCGCUCGUCAAAUAAACAAUGACGGUCGUGGAUCGCACCAGUCGUGUCGACGGUGGACGGUCGCCCCUCACUGACGCUUCUUCCCUCUCUCCCGUCGGGUUGACGGCGGCGACGGCGGCGGCGCAGCUGCCCAACUUCCAGGAGCCGGUGACGCUGGACUUCGUGGACGCCGAGUUGGAGAGCGCUAGGAAGCUGGAGAUCAGAGCGAGCAUGAUUAACGGCGAGAACAAAUCCAUGACGUUCGAGACGCUGGUCAAGUCCCUGGACGAGAGAUACGUGGACAGAGUGAAGCGCACGUACACCUGGACUCAGGUGGAGAGCACGGACUACAGCCUGGCGGUGGUGCUGCCGCACUACAGCCUCUUUCACAUCAAGGCCCUCCUGAGCGGCGACGAGAUCACUCAGGCGGCCUCCAACUCGAACAAAGGCAACGAUUUCGAGACGCUAUCUCCAUCGUCCACGGAUGCGAUGGAGCACGUGUUCAUCGCGCCCAGGGAUUACUGUAAGAACAUGGUGCCAAGCGCCAACAACAACAACAACACGGAGUUCCUGCUGAACUUCAUCGCCACGAUCGAGCGCGACUCGCCCAACUCGCCCGACUGUGAGGACGUGCUGCUCACACUGCAAACACUGCACCAAAUCACACGCGCGCCACGCACACACUGCCAAGACCAAUAGCCGCCAUUCGCCACUCAGUGACGGUGACGUCGCGAUGGCGCCUGUGCCCAGGGCAGGUGCACUUUGAGGCCCUGUGAAGCAGGUGUCAUGGGUUGGCUGAGAUGACUGGUAGAUGUAUCCAGCUGUACCCCCUACUGUGUCAAGUUGCUACAUUUUCAUCGCCCGAUGCUCCGCUCGUUGUUGUGAGCGUCACUCCUCUG